AUGGCCGCGAACAUGAGCGUGGGGUUGGGGUUGAAGGGGUGGGUGUGGAAGGGUGGAGUUGGGGUUGAAGGGGUGGGUGUGGAAGGGUGGGGGGAGCGGUUAGCUCCCUUGUUUGCUCUCCUCCGUGCCUUCUCCGUGCCCUCUCCAUGCCCUCUCCAUGCCCUCUCAGUGCCCUCAGGCAGCCGCCGCAUGGCCGCGAACAUGAGCAUUGGCCUGCAGGUCGACGUCGUUCUCCACGAACCCAAUCUCGCGCCUCAGCGUGGCCCCAAACGGCUUGCCGCUGUGCUCAAUGCUCCUUCUUCUGCGCACCCCUCCCCUCCUACACCCAAUCCUCCCGUGAACUUUGGCAGAGGAAGCUGGCUGGCAGAAGAAGCUGGCUGGCAGAAGAAGCUGGCUGGCAGAAGAAGCUGGCUGGCAGAAGAAGCUGGCUGGCAGAAGAAGCUGGCUGGCAGAAGAAGCUGGUUGGCAGAAGAAGCUGGCUGGCAGAAGAAGCUGGCUGGCAGAAGAAGCUGGCUGGCAGAAGAAGCUGGCUGGCAGAAGAAGCUGGUUGGCAGAAGAAGCUGGCUGGCCAGAAGAAGCUGGCUGGCAGAAGAAGCUGGCUGGCAGAAGAAGCUGGCUGGCAGAAGAAGCUGGCUGGCAGAAGAAGCUGGCUGGCAGAAGAAGCUGGCUGGCAGAAGAAGCUGGCUGGCAGAAGAAGCUGGCUGGCAGAAGAAGCUGGCUGGCAGAAGAAGCUGGCUGGCAGAAGAAGCUGGCUGGCAGAAGAAGCUGGCUGGCAGAGGAAGCUGGCUGGCAGAAGAAGCUGGCUGGCAGAAGAAGCUGGCUGGCAGAAGAAGCUGGUUGGCAGAAGAAGCUGGCUGGCAGAAGAAGCUGGCUGGCAGAAGAAGCUGGCUGGCAGAAGAAGCUGGCUGGCAGAAGAAGCUGGCUGGCAGAGGAAGCUGGCUGGCAGAAGAAGCUGGCUGGCAGAAGAAGCUGGCUGGCAGAAGAAGCUGGCUGGCAGAAGAAGCUGGCUGGCAGAAGAAGCUGGCUGGCAGAAGAAGCUGGCUGGCAGAAGAAGCUGGCUGGCAGAAGAAGCUGGCUGGCAGAAGAAGCUGGCUGGCAGAAGAAGCUGGCUGGCAGAAGAAGCUGGCUGGCAGAAGAAGCUGGCUGGCAGAAGAAGCUGGCUGGCAGAGGAAGCUGGCUUGCAGCUCACCCACGGACCAUGAAGUGAUCUUCACCGCCAGAUCGCCCUGCAAGCCAACCCGCACCAGGAAGCUGGCUGGCAGAGGAAGCUGGCUGGCAGAAGAAGCUGGCUGGCAGAAGAAGCUGGCUGGCAGAAGAAGCUGGCUGGCAGAAGAAGCUGGCUGGCAGAAGAAGCUGGCUGGCAGAAGAAGCUGGUUGGCAGAAGAAGCUGGCUGGCAGAAGAAGCCUGGCUGGCAGAAGAAGCUGGCUGGCAGAAGAAGCUGGCUGGCAGAAGAAGCUGGCUGGCAGAAGAAGCUGGCUGGCAGAAGAAGCUGGCUGGCAGAAGAAGCUGGCUGGCAGAAGAAGCUGGCUGGCAGAAGAAGCUGGCUGGCAGAAGAAGCUGGCUGGCAGAAGAAGCUGGCUGGCAGAAGAAGCUGGCUGGCAGAAGAAGCUGGCUGGCAGAAGAAGCUGGCUGGCAGAAGAAGCUGGCUGGCAGAAGAAGCUGGCUGGCAGAAGAAGCUGGCUGGCAGAAGAAGCUGGCUGGCAGAAGAAGCUGGCUGGCAGAAGAAGCUGGCUGGCAGAGGAAGCUGGCUGGCAGAAGAAGCUGGCUGGCAGAAGAAGCUGGCUGGCAGAAGAAGCUGGUUGGCAGAAGAAGCUGGCUGGCAGAAGAAGCUGGCUGGCAGAAGAAGCUGGCUGGCAGAAGAAGCUGGCUGGCAGAAGAAGCUGGCUGGCAGAAGAAGCUGGCUGGCAGAAGAAGCUGGCUGGCAGAAGAAGCUGGCUGGCAGAAGAAGCUGGCUGGCAGAAGAAGCUGGCUGGCAGAAGAAGCUGGCUGGCAGAAGAAGCUGGCUGGCAGAAGAAGCUGGCUGGCAGAAGAAGCUGGCUGGCAGAAGAAGCUGGCUGGCAGAGGAAGCUGGCUCGCAGCUCACCCACGGACCAUGA